AAUUCAACUCCAUUUCGAAUAGUCUCUUGAAUCAUCUAAUUUUCUAUGGCUGCGGUAACUUGCAGUAAGUAUUCAUACUUUUUUUUUUCGCAUCUCAUCUGUUUGGUAGCAUCUCUUUCAAAAGUAUGAAAAAAAAAAUAGUAAAUAAAUAAAUAAAAAAAUUAUUGUGAUAGUUCAAAAUUUAUAAUCUUUGUUUGAAGAACACCUAAUAAGGACUAUAAAUAUACUUCAUCAUGUCAUAUAAAUCAAAGAAAUCAAAAGUGAUAAGGCCGAAGUAUCAUGAUGAUGAAGAAAAUGAUAGUGAUGAUGAAUUAUCCCGAACUUUAAGAAGAGAUGAGGAGGCCGAUAAUGAUUCUGAUGAUGAAUUUUCAACUAUUUCAUUUGGUGCUUUGAAUUCUGCUCAAAAGAAGUUACUUGAAGAAGAAAAGAAACUGAAAUCCGAAAAGAAAAGUGGUAGUAGUAAUAAAAAGUCAAGAGAUCAACCUGUAAGGGAAUUCAUUGAUAAUGAAGAAGAUAGUGAAGCCAGUGAGAAUGAUAGCGAUGAUAGUGAUGAUGAUGGUCCACCAACUGAAAGAUACAUAAGAGGAAAUAAAAACCAUUCAUCGAAGAUCAGUAAAAGAAGCAAACAUGCUCCAAGCGAAUCAUCAUCAAAGAGACCUGUGAGCAAAAUAAGAGAAAUUCCCGGUUUAAAGACUCAAAGAGAUAGUACAUUAUAUACUGAUGUUAGAUUUGAUGCCGCAUAUGGUAAAGCUGAUUUUCAUAAGAUUAGAAAAGAUUAUGCUUUCUUAGAUGAAUAUAGACAAAAGGAAAUCAAAGAAAUGGAAUCUAUAGUUAAAGAUAAGAAAUCAUCAUCAUUUUUAUCAUAUAAUGAAUUGGAAGAAAUUAAAUUAAGAUUACAAUCAUUAAAAUCAAGAGUUGAAACCAUGAAGAAUCGUGAUUUAGAUACUAAGAUCUUGAAAGAUUAUAAGAAGGAACAAAUUGAUCAAUUCAAAACUGGGGAGAAGAAUACUCCAUUCUUUUUAAAGAGAUCUGAUAAACGUAAAUUAUUACAAAAGGCAAGAUUUGAUAGAAUGAAAUCGGGUCAAAGAGAAAAAGUAAUGGAAAGAAAGAGAAAGAAGAGAUUAGGUAAAGAAUUUAGACAAUUAGAAUUUAAUCGUCCAUCUCAUAGUUAAGUAUACAUGUACAUAAUAAUAAAUGUGUAAAUUAAUAAUAUUGAGGUUUACUAUAGACAAGAUAAAAGAUGUAGUACAAAACAAAAGUAAUAGAGAAUGAGUUGGAUAAAAUAAAGUAAGAUAAAAAAAAGGAUAUAUAAAUGAAAGCC